AUGGCGGAUCGAAACUUCACAUCUACUGCGCCAGAGUGCCCAGAGCAGCUCCCUGCUGGUUCUCGUUUCAUCACUCCUGAUUGCACGGAUCCAUCUUUCUCCAUGGCCAUUAUCGAUGAUGAAAUCGACGCGGCUACGCCAGUUCCUCAUCGCCUUGUCUCAGGUCACUUCAAUGGGACAACAACGAGGUUUAACAUCUACCUUCCGCCUCGUAACAAGUGGGAAGGUCGCUUCUUUCAAUUCGUCUAUCCUUUGGUUACCGAGGAAGCCAAAGAUGAGACUAUCGCCUUUUCACUAGAGAGCGGCGGCUAUGCCGUCCAGAUCACUGGAAGCAUUGGCUUCCGAGCGGAUGCGGCUGCGGCCAAGGUUGCCAGGCAGGUUGCUGCUAAGUACUAUAAGUCGGGCUGUCGGCACAUUUACGGUUACAUCUAUGGUGGCAGCGGCGGGUCCUUGCAGACCGUCGGUGCAAUUGAGAACUCUCGCGGUGUUUGGGACGGUGCUGUUCCCAUGAUCCAAGCAGUCCCUGUUUCGUUCCUCAACAACCCUGCCAUACGCGCGCUCUCCGGUCUCGUAUUGAAAGACAAGGCCGCCCAGAUCGCCGACGCUGUCCGGCCUGGCGGGGGUGAUCCACGAGAGAAUCUAACCGCAAUGGAGCGAGCCGUUUUUGACGAGGCGACGAUGCUGGGUAUUCCUUUGGGAGUGUGGGAGGUAUUCGACCUUGUUACAGACUCGGCUGUAUUGGCUUUGUUCAGCGAUGGAGUUGCGUCACACGAUCCGACGUACGCCCAAGAUUUCUGGAACGCACCUGGGUAUCUCGGUACGGAGCAGUCGGAGCUCGGUGACUUGAUCAGAGCGCAGGCUGUGAAUCACACGGCGCGCAUCAACAGCAUCGAGAGGGCCGGGAACCAGACCAUUCGCCUCUUACUGGACAGCGCACCUCCGACGCAGCCCGGGCUUCAUUUUGAGCUUCAUAAUGAUCAAGGCGAAAGUUCCGGUGCCCUCGUUGGCACUUUGGACGGCACAACCUUCACGGUCGAGGUAGACAAGAAUGAGGACAUCUUCUCUCUUGUUAACCAAAAUUCUACCGUCCAGAUCGACAACUUGCUCUUCAUUGCCGUACACGCAUAUUACCGUCAUCAGAUUCCCAAGAGAGAUGGGUUUUACGGCUUCGACCAAUUCAAAGACGCCACUGGCCAACCUAUUCAUCCCCAGCGCUCCGUUGAUGGUAGCCUCAACGCAGCCGAGUCAACGAGCCAGGGGCGAUUUACGGGGCAAAUUCAAGGCAAGAUGAUUGCCGUCAACAGUCUUCUCGACUACGAUGCAUUCCCUUGGCACGCGGACUGGUACCGCAGUCAAGUAGAGGGCGCUCUCGGUUCUCGUGCCAACGACAAUUACCGCCUAUGGUUCAACGAGCACGCUGACCACACCUUUGCCGCCGGGUUCGAUGAAAGCCUCCCGGCUGGUGCGCGUGCCGCACGUAUCGUCGAUACUUCCCCCAUUGUUCACCAAGCGUUGCGAGAUCUCAGCGCCUGGGUAGAGCAGAGCAUUGAUCCAUCGCCGUCUACAAACUAUACAGUUGUUGACGGCCAGGUUCUGGUUGCUGAGGCUGCUUCGCAGCGAUUCGGAGUACAGCCUGCGGUCACUCUGCAAGUCAAUGGCUCCGAUAGAUAUGACGUUGCCGCCGGCACACCGGUAAUUUUCGAUAUGUUCGCUGAGGUCCCCCCUGGCACAGGCAAGAUCAUCGCGACGGAGUGGGAUUUCAUGGGCCGCGGAGAGUUUACGGCGGUGCCGUUGGCUCCCGUCAAUGAAUCUGUCGACGCUUCAGUCCACUUUGUGUACGAGGAGCCGGGGACUUAUUUCCCUGCGAUCAAGGUGACUGCACACCGAGAUGGCGAUACAGAGGCUGUCUUUGGGCGGGUCUCCAACCUUGGUCGCUGCCGAAUUGUGGUCUCCUAA